AUGACUCCCUCCAUAGUGGAGGUAGUCAAUCAAUUGUUUAGAGCCGGAUUUGACGAUAUUUCAACGAGCAACGACGAACCUUCAUUAAAAGAUGCUUCAGUUGGAAAACCAAUAAGCCACGGACAGAUAGUCGACAUAUGGAAACGUCUCAAGGAUGAGAAUAAUAAUACUACAGGACUGGAACAAUUACUUCGAGGUGCGAUGGUCUAUGUACCUCCCCCGCCACCGAAGCCAGAGCCGACUGAAGAGUAUAAAGCAUUGAUGGCCCGAUUACGUCACGAGGAAGAAGAAAGAUCAUACGAACGCAUGUUAAAGAAAGCUCCGCCACGAGAAUCAUUUGCUCCAAGGUUUCCCUCAGGUCCCAUAGCGCAUUCGUUCGCUGAAGUCAAUCGACCUUUUAGGGCUUCGGACAUAGGCGAAGACAUCGAGCAUGGUGAUAUACAAAAGCAGAUAACCCUGGUCAUCAACUUCCUAGUUAGCAUAUUCGGCUGCGGUGCUGCGCUCUGGUUAGCUGCCAGGUGGUGGAGUGUUCCAGCACGACUAUUUCUAAGUCUAGGCGGUAGUAUCAUCGUUGCUAUCGCUGAAGUUGCUGUCUAUUCUGCUUACACGUGGAGGAUGGCAGAAGGGGAGAAACAGCAAAAGAAGGUGAAAGAAGUGAAGAAGAUCGUUCAGACAUGGGUUGUUGGAGAAGACGACAAUGUUAAGGAGGGUUCUAUCGAAUCACUUAGACCAGAAAAUAUAGAAUCCGAGACGAACCUCCGUCGAAGGACAAAAGGGCCAACAUAA